AUGGAGCUGCUGCGGUCUCACCUUUCUAGGGUUCGGAUCCCUGAGCCUACCAACCGGAUAUACAAGCAGGAAUGCUGCAUCUCUUUUGACACGCCGGUAGUUUCUCUCUGUCUCUGUCUCUGCGUGCUUGCCACCACCACCCACCCCCCCUUUUUUUUUUCUUGUUGUGCCCCCCUUUCUGAACGCUUUGAGUGGGGAGUGGUGGUUCUCUUCUCUGCAGAGGUCAGAGGGCGGUCUGUACGUGGACAUGUGCUCGUUCUUGGCGUUUGGGAAGGAUUACGUGCAGUGGAAUUACGAAAAGUCCGGUAAUCCGGUUUAUCUGCACAUUCAGCAGCGCCGCAAGGCCGUUCCUGAAGAUCGACCUCUGAAGAAGCCCACUCUACUCGCCAUCGGUUCGUAUCCAUGCACAUUGUUGACGUUGAAAUCUCUUUCGAUUGUGUAUGGCGGAGUUUGACAUUUCGUUCGGCUGUGUGAAACGCCCCCCGAUAGUUUAUUCUUAACGAAUUGUAAACUGAAAGGAGGAUCUAAGUUUCUUAGGCGACGAAGACAAAGACACCUGAAUUCUUCUCGUGCGAUAAGUGGUAGACAAACAAUGGGGACACAUUAUUAUAAUGUCACAAUGUUUUUAGAAAUGUAACAUCAAAAAAUUGCCUGAAAAUAUGAACUUACGCGUUGGAAUGUGUGGAAGAGAUGUGCAGACUCUUCUUGAAUACAUGAUCACUAAAGGUUCUUAGAGGAAGUAAGAUGCUAGAUGUAGAGUGGUGGCAUCUUUUGCAAGUGCGAAGUAACAGUCGCCGCUAGUAGGUUAAAGCAUUGCAGAAAUAUCAAAUGGGAGGGGGAAAUUCUAAUGCGACCUUGAUAACGUAUCAUAUGUGGUGGUGGAAUCAUUUGCAAGUAGAGCAGUCGCUACUGGUAAUGUAAAGCAUAGCAGAAAAUCAAAAGAGUAGCCCUGAUGUAACCUCAUAAUGUUACAUGUAAAGUGGUGGAAUCGUUUGCGAGUACAAACUAUCAAUCGCUACUAGUUCUCCUUCCUUUGCAAGUACAAGGGAACGAUUUUGCUCCAUCACAAACAUCUUUUUCUAGUUCUCCUCCCUGUUGCUGCUGCUGUUUCUCGUUUACAUCAAACUACUACUUCUACUCAGUGUACAUGGUGCAAAUCUGUCAAUCCUGGUUGAGAUUCGUGUAUUUGGUUGACCGAAUCAGUUUGGAUUAAAAAAAUAUGGAUUCUGAUAUGUAAUCAUUAGGGUGAGCACCUUGUCACUUGGUGAAUCAGCAGUAUCAGUUGCAUGUGGAGGUUACUGGGACUAAUUCUAUUCGAAGUUAUUUUAUUAUAUUCCCUAAAAAAAUGCUCCAUAAAAUCAUUUGCCUCUCUUGAUGAUAAAUGACUGUUAAUUUCAACUUUUUUUCUUUAAAGUCUUUUAAUAUAUGUCGUCAAUUAUUUGCUAUAAUUUUUUUUUUUUCACGAAUUCAUUGUGAUGUGCAGGUGUUGAUGGAGGUUUUGACAAUCAAGAAGCUGAAUAUGAAGAAACUCACAAUAUUGUAAUAUUGCCAGAGCAUGUGUCCCUUCCAUUUCCAUCGGUUGAGUUGCCAGAAAAGGUAUUUGGCUUUGGGAUUGUAAUAUUGUCAGAGAUGUACUAAACAUAUCUGUGCGAUUUUGUUUCAAUAUGGACAUUUUUAAAUUUUAUAUUGUUUACUUUUCAGGUCAGAUUGGCAGUCGAUACUAUUUUGAUGGCUGAAGGCGCUGAACGCAAAGAGCAACUAUCAUCCUGGACAGCAGAUAAGAAACAAGUCAGUGCAUUUGCUAUGAAUCUGCAGCAGAUUAAAAGUGGUGUUGUUAUUCCUCCAUCGGGAUGGAAGUGCCGGCACUGUGAUAAAACUGAAAACCUCUGGCUUAACUUAACUGAUGGAAUGAUCCUGUGUGGGAGGAAAAAUUGGGAUGGUAGUGGAGGCAAUAAUCACGCGAUUGAGCAUUAUCUUGCCACAAAAUAUCCUCUUGCUGUAAAACUUGGAACUAUUACUGCUGAUUUGGAAAGUGCAGGUAAUAUUUUUCCUCAAUGAUGUCGUAUGUACUCUGAUUUAGGCCUUUUUUGAGCAUUAUCUUGUCGUAUGUAAUAAUCACGCGAUUGAGCAUUUUUGAUAUUAAAAGCUGAAAGUUAUGGUUCUGCACUUUCUGAGUGCGAUAGUUAUGUAAAUGUUUGUGAGCUCACCGAAAGUAGGAACUAAUUAAUUCAGGAGUUUAUCCUCAUCGUUUCUUUAGGUUCUUAUGUUAAGUUGUGUGAUCUAUCCACUUUAUGAAAAGAUUGUAGAUAAAUUUGUCAAAAAAUAUCAGACUAUCGAUACCACUUGUGGAUUUUUCUUUUAAUUGUAUCAUUUAGUCUUCCUAUUACCUGAAACAGGUUUUGGAUGCAUGUUCAGGACGGCAAGUUGCUUAAUGUGAUAAUAAUCUUUUCUGACUUCUUGUGACAGCUCAGAUGUUUUCUCUUACCCGGAGGACGAUACUGUUGAGGAUCCAUUACUAGCGCAACAUUUAGCAUUUUUUGGGAUCGAUUUUUCAUCAUUGCAAAAGGUAACAUUUUUAUGGUUUAAUACAUUUGAUCCUGAAAGUUUUCAAUGAUUAAUGAAUUUACAAAGUAAAGAUGAACUGUGAAAACUUUUGGCGAUUUAAGUAUUCGUUGGUUGCUCAUGUCCACAUAUUCUUUCUUGUCGUUAUCUCAAUUUAUGAUAAGAGUAUAGAUAGGCAACUGGAAACUGCUAAGCUAAACGGUAUAGUUAGGAGCUGGGAGCAUGUGUAGUUCAUGUCCACUGACCUAGAAAAGGGUCAUGAGUGAUGGGGGAGGGUUGAACAGAAGUUGCUUAUACUGUUCACACAUCUAUGUGUGUAUGUAAAUAUAUGUAUAUAGGAACAAAAUUCAUGCCCAUGGUUCACUGGACCCUCCUCUGGUGCCCAAAAAAAAAAGUGGUUGAUGACUUGACUGUUAGAAUCUUGAAAUAAUCAACAAAAAAAUGUUACUAGUGUCCAUAUGUCCGGUCUCGAUUCCACUUGGACGUCCAUUGGAAUUUCUCAUUACCUUUUGAGGCCCCUUGACCAUCUUCCAUAUGCCUCUAGUUGGAAUUGUUGUUUUUUUAAAAAAAGUAUCAUUUAUUUGCUUUCGCAUGACCAAGAAAUUGGUGAGUCGCAUAAUAUUAUGACUUUUCCAAUUCUAAGAUGUUUUUUAAACCUCUCAAUUUUUUUUGAAAAUUUUAUGUUGUAAAAGUAAAUAUUACAAAAAUAAUCAAUUCAAUGCCUUGGCUUAAAAAAAGUUAAUCAUUGCUGGGUUCAGGUCAUUUUGACGAACAAGUCGUGUUCCGGAUUUGUCUCGUUUGGCUGACUGAGUCGAGAUAGAGCGAAUCUAACUGAGUUGGUUGGUUCUUGAGCCAGCCCAGCUUAUUGCCAAUCCCAUUUUAGCAUCUCCCAUUUUAAGGAUAACAUAGCAUGGUUUAAAAUCUUGUUGGUUUAUGAUCAUGGAAAACUACUAUUUGCCCCCAAAAAAAACCAUGUAUGAAUGAUACUUCUUGGAGCAUCUGUCGAUUAGAAAAGUUGCUACAUUUUUUCUUUGAGCAUGUUCAGGAUUAUAACUUCACAUGAACUUUUCAAAGUCGAGCCAAGCCAAGACAGUAUUUUGUAAUGUUUUGAUAUGGGUUUAAUUUCAAAGAAUGUGAGGUGUGUUGGGUCUUAGAAUCUUUUAUUAAUGUAUACAUUCUUUUCUUCAGUUUUAUAUCACCACCCUCUAUUUCUUAGAUGUUUGUAUUAUCUUCCACAUUUAUGCUAUGAUAGUCGAUGAACUGAUUUUUGCAUAUCCUUUUAGACUGAAAUGACUACUGCUGAAAGAGAACUCGACCAAAAUACUAAUUUUGAUUGGAACCGGAUACAAGAAAGUGGACAAGAAGUUGAACCCUUAUUUGGACCUGGAUAUACAGGACUGGUUAAUCUUGGGAAUAGGUAGUUUGAUUAGUCUCUCAUUUUACAAACUUGUUUAUUGUGGUCGUUGAUACGGCAUAACACUUUCUCCAUCUUUCUUCACUUUGCUUAGUUGUUAUUUGGCGUCAACCAUGCAAGUUAUCUUCUCGACACAUGCCUUCUGUACACGGUUAGUUUUUGUAAUCAGCAUUUGCAAGUAGCCCGUAUACUACCUUGAUAUAUUUCAUCUGAUAUUACCAUUUUAUUUUAUUUUAAUUUCAGAUAUCAUGAAAAGCAGAGCCUGGAGUUAGCAUUUAAAACAGCUCCUUCGGAUCCAACUGUAGAUUUGAAUACACAACUGUGAGUAACCAUCUCUUCUCCUUGAAAAUAGGCACAUAUGAUGAUUUUUCUUCUUAGCUGUUCACAGUGCUUUGACUUUUUGUGCUUGAAGCACUUUUAAAUUUGUAAUCAACAUUUCGUCCGCUCAAGUCAAACAAUUUGAGUUUACUGGGCCCGAUUUAAGUGUCUCCAAUCUUUCCCUGAUAUUAAAGGCAGCCUAAUGGUGUAAUCAUUCUGCUUAACUUUUGACACCGUAUUAUGUCCAUCACAAGCCAUUUCAAAUCCCCCAUUUCUAGCCAUUUAAGUGUCUCCAAUCUGGUCGCUUUGUUGUUCCGUGAUUAAUGGGGUGUGUGUCCAGAGAGGUCAAUCCUAGAUCAUAAUGUGUUGGCCCAAGUCUACCUCAAUUUCCAACCUUGGUGUAGUAUAUUCAACAAGGUCUCUCAGCUGGUGGAGUGUUAUGGCUUUUGGAAGGCCAGUCAUUUUUCGCCAGUACGCCAGAAUGCUACCCAUAACUCAUUUCUUUGAAGAUAUGUUAUUAAGUAAUAAUGCACAUAAAAGGAUCUGUGGGUAAUAACCUGGCCUGAAUUCGCAUGAGGAUCAAAUAUUGUCUCUUUUUUACGCUCGCAAAAGAGAUCUCUCCUCGAAGCAUGGUUCCUAGAGUCAGUCAAGCACUCUGUAUUCGCUUUAAGGCAGAACUCUAUCUCAUCUUGAACUUAAAAUAGAGAAAAGCACUGCAAGUCAGAGAAUAUGGGAAUGGAGAGGAAGUUGAAGGGGGGGCAUCACGGUCGUAGGGAUAGAUAAAUAACAAGGGUCAAUUUGUACUUAAGACCUUUAUUAUGUUUUUUUGAUAAUCUCAGUUAAAUUUGAUGAGUAGGUCUUCAUAGUUUCUGCAGCAAUUCCAGAGAGUUGUAAGCAUGACAGAGGUAUAUGGGGAACUAAAGAUUCAAUGGAGUUGACUGGUUUCUGCUUUGUUUUACGGCCUUGCCUUGUUUUUGUUGAUUUGUAUCCGGAGAAUGCACUGUGCUGUUUGACUUGACCCAUUUUCGUAUAGGGCAAAACUGGGCCAUGGCUUGCUAUCGGGUAGAUACUCAUUUCCUGUACGAGAGGUACAGCAUCUGUAUCCUGUAUUCAAUCAAAUUUAUUAUUCCUCAUGUGGCUUGAUACUUUCAUGUAUAACCAGACAGAUGAACUUGGAAAUAUAACCGGCUCAGAUUCAGACGCUGUAAGUCAUGCUGAUUUCAAUUUUUCCUUCUUCUGGAUUUGGCUGUGUCGAUAGCUGUAGUUGAUAUUACCAUACCAUUUUUAUGUGUGAAACUGAAUUUGGCGAGUUCUUUUUUACAAGCCCACUGGACUUCAAAGAGUAAUUUUAUUUUCUGGCUAGGAAAAUCCUUUUUUAUUUCGCCUCAGUGAAUAUACCCAUUAUCACUAUAUAUCUAUCUUAUCUAUCUAUAUAUAUAUAUAUGUGUGUGUGUGUGUGUGUGUGUGUGUGUGUGUGUGGUAUGGGUCUGGCUCUUACAUCUUCCUGUCACUGUUAACUAUUUUGGAUUUUAAAAUUUGUUGGUUUAACAUGGCAUUAUACAGGAAGAAUCCUCCGUAAUUCAUUAUUCUCUGGUAAAAAAAGGAUCUCCCUCGAUAUAGCCAAAUAACUGUAGCCCACAGGAAGGCAUAAAACUUUAUAUCAAAGACUCUUUGUGGGCUGCUUUGCUGUUCUCUUUCCCUUCAUCGUGGUCUUAUGAACCAGAUUCAACCACUGCAUCUCCCUGGUUGAAGAACAGCCUUAGAUGCAAGUUGCCAAAUAAGGAUACAAAAUUGUUCUACAUUGUGACAACCUCUAAGAAAGGACUUUGGUUAUAGAUUGCCUUAAGACUAGAUAAUAUCAUUUUGUGGGGAAAGUUUGGUAGAAUGAGAACACAUUUAUUCAAUUAUUCAUUUUGAUGUAUUCAACGGAGAUGAAAUAGGUUGAUGUCAGGUGGAAGGUGGGGUUACCUUAAAAAGAAAACGAGUAUCGAGAGGUUGAAGAUAAUCUGCUAUGGCUGCGAUGAGAAAAUGGUACUUUUUAUGUAACCUCUCUGCAUUUGACGUGAGUUAUUUGCGUGUGAAAAUGCUACGUAUUUUUUUUUUUGUUUUUUGUUUUUGGAAAUGUGGUGCUCUUUGACUCUCCAAUGAAAAUAUUUUUGGUCCAUUUCGGUGGUUUUGUUUUGGUUCUAGGAUUAGUGUUCCUUCUAUUAGUCUGUCAUGCGCCGGUUGGGCCACCGAAAAUGUCUGAAAAUAUUUUACCCAUUCCAUGAACUGUGCACAAAGCCUGUUGUUGACGACGUCCUUAUUAUGAAUCUCAAUAUAUUUCUUAUUGUUGUUGCUCUGUUGCGCAAAAACCUAUUUUUGACCGUCACUACUGGAUAUUUAUUAUCUUCAUUUAUCAUAUGCAAAUUUUCAGGGCCACAUGAAGUUAUUUGUUGUUAUCCACUUUUUAUUUUUCUUUUUCUUUUUCAUAUUAACCUUUUUUUCUGAACACCCCAGAAGCAAGAUGGAAUACCUCCUCGAAUGUUCAAGGCCGUCAUUGCUGCUAAUCAUCCUGAAUUUUCAACCAUGCGGCAGCAGGUACUCAGCUGGCUGCGCUUACAUUACGUGAUUUUCUCAGUGCUCUCAUUUAUUUUACCGAUACUUGGCUAGCUACUUUUUUAUUGGGAUUAGCAUGUUUCUUGUUCUCUAUUUGGUUAAUUACAUUUUUUUACAUUGCUUUUCGGGCAUUUAAUUUCGUUUUUCUUGUAGGAUGCGCUGGAGUAUUUUCUGCAUUUACUUGAUCAAGUGGAGCGGUCCAAUGCUGGAAAACCUGAAUCCGAUCCUUCAAGGUGUUUCAAGUUCUGCAUUGAAGAGCGGCUACAAUGCCCAUCUGGGAAGAUUGCUUAUAAUAAAAGAAGUGACUACAUUCUUUCUCUUAAUAUACCAUUACACGAAGCAAGCAAUAGAGGUAUGCCCAUGUCAUAUGUCCUCUUUGAUCUUUACAUGUAUUCAUGUUGCAUUUUUUGUUGUUGGCCGCAAGCGCUUUUCUGGAAACAUAGCUUGUGUCUUCAAACCAACUAGGGUAGAAUGGAGUAUUUCCUUCCAUAUUGCUAAUUCAGAAUGAUUUUAAUGCAUGCUAUCCAGAGGAGCUUGAAGCAUUUCAUAGACUGAGGGAAGAAGGAAAAUUGGAAGGGAAAGAAAUGUAAGUUGCUCAACUCUUAUCUCCUAUUUUUAUUUUUUUUUAAAUGUAGUACUUAUGAGAACGGGAUCUAGCAGUGCAUCUGAAGAUAUUGUUCGCCCGAGGGUGCCUUUAGAUGCAUGCCUUGCAACCUUUUCAGCUCCAGAGGAGAUACACGAUUUUUACAGCACUGCAUUGAAUGCGAAGACAACAGCAAUCAAGUAAGUUUGAACAUUGGUACAGAGUUGUGACCUGAAAUUCGCUAUUCCAUUAUAUCACUCGUGGAAUUUUCCAUUUAUUUUUUCCUAUAUGAGCUGUAAGACCUUGGAUGCCUUUAAUGGAAAAGAAUCUACCUUUAUCUAGAUCAGUGUUGUUCAUCUUCUGCCGUAAAUUCUAUUGAUUCAGGGAAUCUACUCUCAUGUAAUGAAAUCCAUAAGCGGUGUUUCUCGAUUCAUAAUAAUCUAUUCCAAGAACAUGGACAUGGUUGCGCAUACCUCUUUGAACGACUGGAAAACGAAACUGUUGAGUUGACUUUAGUAACCAGAAUGCUGACCUGAUGUAGAGCGCAUGUGUCUGACUUAUAUCUUCUGACAGAACCGCCGGCUUCCGGACCUUCCCUGAUUACUUAGUGCUACACAUGCGAAAGUUCGUAAUGGAGGAAGGCUGGGUGCCUAAAAAACUCGGUAAAUCCAUAUUUUCACCAUUAAUCACUAUGUUUGGAAUCCAAAUUUAUUUUCCCCCACGACGUUAGAAUUUUAUAUGGAUUUCAAGUUGUCCUUAACCUCUAAAUGUCAUCCAUCUUCUUGAAUUUUUUUUCAGAUGUGUACAUAGAUGUACCAGAUACUAUCGACAUUACCCACAUGCGCAGCAAGGGCAUGCAACCCGGGGAAGAACUACUACCAGAAUCUGGUAGGAGAUUCUGAUUAAGCUGAUGAACCCAUUAUUUUUUUCCUUUCCUUGGAAAAAUUCCAUGUUCCUCUCUUCUGUUGUAUCUUGAGAUUGCAUGUUGAAUGUUGUCUACAGUGUCUACUGGCCACGAAUCAGAAGCAGCCGCCAAACCCGUUGCCAAUGAGGAUAUUGUUUCCAAGCUCGCUGACAUGGGAUUUAACUACUUCCAUUGUCAGAAAGCUGCUAUCAAUACGUCAAACGUUGGAGUAGAAGAAGCCAUGACUUGGUUGCUUUCUCACAUGGAUGAUCCAGGUUUGUUAAUCUCAGAAACAAGUGUUCAUACACCCAAGUCGUUGGUAACUAGCUGCAUAAAAAAGGAUUACCUUUUCGGUCUCUCUCCCAGAUAUCAACGACCCUCUUCCGGACGAGCCCAGGAACCCUAAUCUUCAGCCUGUCGAUGAAUCGAGCGUGGAAACCGUGAUUUCUUUCGGGUUCCCGGAAGAAAUGGCUCGGAAAGCAUUGAAGGCUUCGGUAAGAUCCUGUUACUAUCCAGUUUGGGUAAUUGAUCUUCUUCAUUCUUUUACUGUGUGCUUUAUCUGGAAAUUAAUGGCCGACUGAUUUCACUCCCACAGGGCGGGGAUAUUGAGAAGGCUAUGGACUGGAUCUUUAGCAACCCAGACGCUUCAAGCUCAGGAGACAUGGAGGCCACUUCUAGCAGUGGGCAGUCGCCACAGGACACAGAACUACCAGACGGCGGCGGGAGUUCGUAUCUACAACCUUUUGUUUUGCGGAUUCUCGUUCAAUUGAUUAUAAUUAUAAAUAUUUAUAUGGUUUGAAUGAAUGCUUUACUUACGCCUUUUCCCUUCUUGGGUGGGAACAGGGUACCGGCUGAUGGCCCUGGUCAGCCACAUCGGCACAUCCACGCACUGCGGGCACUACGUGGCGCACGUCCACAAGGACGGAAGAUGGGUGAUCUUCAAUGACACCAAGGUGGGGGCCUCGGUCAACCCCCCAAAGGAUAUGGGAUACCUUUACUUCUUCGAGAGGAUUAACUCCAACCCUUAG